GUGCAGGUAUAGGCACUGCAACAACGACUGCACCAAGUUUUGUAUGUGGCUACCGGCCGAAAUUUCGUUAUUAUUGUUGCUGAAACAUAAUGUCAUCCAUAAUAUUAUGCUGUUAUUGUGAUUAAAUGAUGUAUGUUGUUAUUAUUUAUUGAAGUGAAUCAGUCAAUUUAACUAUAGGUUUCUUUUGUUUUAAGAAGUCGGUGGAUAAUGACGGUAUUAUCUGUGUGUGAUAUGAAUGAAUGCAGACAGAAUGGAGUGGAAAGUGAACUGAAUUAAACAAUUAUAAUGAUCAUGGCAGCAAUGUUCCAUAGACGCUGCGGGGAAAGGGUGACGUUAACAAACGGUAAUCGGACAGCUAUAAGAAAUUUUUCUGAAUUCAAUUGCGGACUGGUUCUCAGCAGCGAGCCCUUGGUAGACAACCAGUUGUUCGAAGUGAGAAUAGACAAAAAGAUCAACUCCUGGAGCGGGAGCAUAGAGAUAGGGGUGACGACAUGCGACCCAGACACCAUGGAGUUCCCGUCCAGUGCGACAGACCUGCGCGAUGGCUCCUGGAUAAUGUCAGGAAACUCCAUCCUCAAGGACGGGAGGUCUGUGCUCGAGAUAUACGGCUCGGACCUCGACAAGCUACUGGAGGGUGACCGUAUCGGAGUCAUGAGGACAGCGGAGGGAGAACUGGUGUUCUACCUGAACAGCGUGUGCCAAGGGGUUGCCGCCGAGGGCAUCCCGAGCAGGGUGUUUGCAGUCGUAGACAUGUAUGGCAAGUGUGCCCAGGUGUCCAUCGUCAGCCCCGGUGCCUCGCCCCAGCCCGACAGGUCGGAAUCGGAGGCGGAGAUAAACAACGACCGGGCGACGACGACGUCCACGACAGACCUGGUGGCCAGCCUGAGCGUGAACGUGAGCGUGGGGGAGCGGCACAACAACGAGGCGGUGGACCGCCUGCGGUUCCACGAGCGCUGCGGCUCGCUGGUCAAGCUGUCGGGGGGCGGGCGUGCCGCAGAGCGCCGGAGGCCCCUCGACGAGUUCAACAACGGCGUGGUCAUGACCCACCGCCCGCUCCGGGACAACGAGCUGUUCGAGAUCCGCAUCGACCGACUGGUGGACAAGUGGUCAGGCAGCAUCGAGGUGGGCGUGACGACGCACAACCCCACGGCGCUGGAGUUCCCCGCCACGAUGACCAACAUGCGCAGCGGCACCACCAUGAUGUCGGGCUGCGGCAUCCUCACCAACGGCAAGGGCACCAGGCGGGAGUACGGCAUGUACAACCUCGACGAACUCAAGGAAGGUGAUCGCAUCGGUAUGAUGAGGAAAUUAAACGGCGACCUCCACUACUUUAUCAACGGCCUGGACCAAGGUGUCGCUGCAACGAAGAUUCCGUACUGCGUUUGGGGGGUGGUGGACCUUUAUGGCAUGACAGUCAAGGUGACGAUCGUGGAUCGGGAUGAACGUGAGGAACAAAACCUGAUAACGCGUAGAAAUACAGCUCUCAGAGACCAGCAGCUAAUGCAGUCUCUUAAUGACAUGCCGGAAGAAGACUGCGUGGACCGGCUGAUGUUCCACUCUCACUGCGGAACCCACGCUGCGGUCAUCUUCAACAACCGCACGGCCCACAGGCCCAAUGCAAUGGACGACUUCAACAAUGGAGUCGUGCUGACAAACCGUCCCCUGAAGCCCGGCGAGCUGUUCGAAGUGCGACUGGACAAGAUGGUGGUCAAGUGGGCGGGGUCCAUAGAGAUCGGAGUAACGACCCACCACCCGACAGAGCUCGAGUACCCUUCCACUAUGACCAACGUUAGAUCUGGAACCUGGAUGAUGACUGGAAAUGGUGUAAUGCACAACGGUACGACUGUGAUAGAUGAUUAUGGACAGAAUCUUGAUAGGCUUCAGGUGGGCGACCGCGUGGGGGUGAUGUGCAAGGAAGGCGGCACUCUGCACUUCUUCGUGAACGGCGUGGACCAAGGCUGCGCCGCCACCAACAUCCCGGAGUCUGUGUACGGGGUCAUCGACCUGUACGGCCAGGCCGCCCAGGCGACCAUAGUGGACAGCCUCGACUGCUACUCCCCGGACACGGCCAACUCCAGCCUGUCCAACAACGCCCUCUACAGUGAUCUUCGUUUCCAUCAUGUCCACGGCAAGAAUGCGAGAGUUUCCAACAAUUUCCUCACGGCAUCCCGUCCACGGGCAUUUGGAGAGUUCAACGAUGCCAUUGUGAUGAGCAAUCGCGCACUGCGAGAAGGGGAGAUGUUUGAGGUGGUCAUCGACAAAACCGUAGACCGGUGGUCGGGAUCAAUUGAGGCGGGCGUGACUGCGAUCCGACCCGAGGACUUGGACUUCCCGAGCACCAUGACAGACAUUGGACAUGACACGUGGAUGCUGUCGGGCUCGUCCGUCAUGCAGGACGGGAUCACGUUGCGCAACGGAUACGCCUGCGACCUGGACACCCUUACCGCUGGCACCAGGAUCGGCAUGAUGCGGCACGAGGACGCCACGCUGCACUACUACAUUGACGGUGUGGACCAGGGCACGGCGUGCGAGGGCGUCCCCCGGCACGUGCACGCGGUGGUGGACCUGUACGGGCAGUGCGCCCAGGUUUCCAUCGUGCCGCAGGGGGCAGAGCGCCGGGACGCCGGCGCGCUCGCGGGCGGGGUUCCGAGCGAGAACAGCUCCCAGCCGCUCAGCUUGCCCGCGCUUCUGCCCGGCCACGCCACCUGCGACGCCGUGCACAGGUUCAGCGCGUGCUGCGGCAAGAACGUGGCGCUGAGGUCUGGCAACACGGUGGCGACGCGGGUGCGAAACUACAGCCACGCGCUGGCGUUCAGCCAGGCGCCCCUGGAGCCUGACGAGGUGUUCGAGGUGUGCAUCCAGGAGGUGGCCCUGCAGUGGUCCGGGACGCUCCACGUCGGGGUCACCACGCUGCCCGUCUCCGACGCAUGCCCCCCGGGCAACCUGCCGCCGCUCAUCGCGGGGCUCGCCGCCGACACCUGGUUCCUCACCGGCAGCGAAGUUCGCAGGAACACCACAAUGCUGAAGGUGAACUACUGCCCCAGCCUGGAGUGGCUGGUGGUGGGCAGCAAGGUGGGGGUGAAGCGGUGCGGGGACGGCAGCCUCCACUUCCUCUUCAACGGGGAGGACAUGGGCGUGGCCGCCACGGGCUUGCCCAAGCGCGUGUUCGCGGUGGUGGACCUGUACGGCAGCACCGUGAGCGUGGGAACCUCGAGCGCCCGCCCCGCGGCCAGCCAGGAAGGAGGGGGGGAGGGGGUCGCCGCCGUCAUGGUGGAGUCGGCCCGCUCCAGCAAGCUGCACGACUCGCUGGAGAUGCUGCUCGACACCACGCCCACCAACAAGACCCUCGUCGAUGACAUCCCUCCGCUCCCGAGCUCCAAGUCCUGCGAGCUGCGGCUGGAGGACGGCGGUACGGGCAGGGGGGGUUCUCCCCCCGCCGCCCCGCCCCAGCCGCUGGUCUUCCACGAGUACCACGGCCGCAACGUCGGGCUGGGCGAGGGCCGGCUGUCCGCCCGGAGGAUCGCCAGCUACAACCAGGGGGUGGUCAUAUCCGGCCGUCCCCUGCCGCGCGACCAGCUGUUCCAGGUUCGUAUUGAGGCCUUGAACCCUCGCUGGAUGUCAUCCUUGAUGUGUGGAGUCGUGAGUGUGUCCCCAGACAAAACCCACUUUCCUCUUACUGCACUGGGAUUCAAGAGGAACUCUUGGAUUGUUUGCAGUGACUGCAUCUACCAAAAUGGUAUCAAGGUAAGGAAUGGCUACGGGCCCAACCUGGAUCACUUGCAAGUAUCCCAUAUUGUGGGCGUGCUGGUGGACGGGGAGUCCCAGCUCCACUUGUUCGUGAACGGAGUGGAUCAGGGCGUUGCGGCCAAGGACAUCCCCCCGCUCUGUUACGCUGUCGUUGACCUGUAUGGUCAGUGCGAAGAGGUUAGCGUGGUGUUGAGCGGCGAGGACGGCCAGAACGCCGCGCCGGAGGUCUCCGCCGCGUCGGAGGCGGAGUGCCUGAGCGAGAAGGCGGACCUGGAGUGCGACGAGAAGGAGAAGCUGGCCUCGUCGCCGCCCGCCCCUCCGCCCUCCCUGGCGCUGUACGCCAAGUCCCCCGGUGGCGGAGGAGGCGGCGGCCUGCAGCCCUGCUCGUCCGUCCACUGCGACUCCAACGUGGAGGUGAUAUCCAACGCCACCCCCGUCGGCUCCCCCGCCGGCCCGGGCACCCCUGGUGGGACGGUGUCCAAGAACUGCGAGUACCUCGGUGCCUGCACCAGCUUCAAGAACGCGCUUGGCAUCCCGGACGGUUUCUUCCUGCGGGAGCACAGCGUGUGCUACUGCGAGACGUGCCACAAGCUGCGCGGCGCGCAGGCCUACAACCGCAAGGGGGACCCCCCAGCGGAGUACGCCGUGCCGUGCGGGUGGUGCCGCUUCACCCUGCGACGGCCCCCGGGGGCCGACGCGGCCUCGGACCGGUGGCACGUGGCGUUCUACGGCUCCCGGCUGGCGGACGUUCGCACCAUCCUGGACCACGGCCAGCUGCUGCUGCCCGGAGAGCUGGGGCUGGAACGCACAACUUACACGAAAGACAAGUCGAAAGAGGACGACUCUGACGGCUCGCAGCUGCUGUUCUCGCCCAGCCUCAAGUACGCUGCGGCCACGACCGUCACCAACAAAUACGAGUACGUGGACCCGAAGACCAAGCGCAGGUACCAGGCGCGGGCGGCCUUCCAGAUCCUGGCCCAGCCGGGCUCGUACAAGGUCGGCCCGCCGUCGCUGCCCGGGAUCGCCAAGCCCGUAGACCCGCAUCUCGACCACGACACGGCCGAGUGGGUGACCAAGGAGAGAGGCGCCACGGUGCUGUGCGCGCUCCUCGUGCGCCUGGAGGCCCUGUGAGGCCCCCCCUCCACCUCCCCCCACCCCCACCCCCUCCCGGCCACACGCCUCUAGUCAUUCCCCCUCCCGACCCACGCCGGCUUAUCUGUCCGUCCAUCUGGCCACGCUGCUCCCCUUCUCGUCACCGUUCGAUAUUGCGUUACCUGUUGUUUUUUUAUUUAAAAAAGCACUCGCUCUCUGUGUCAAUCGCCUGUUUUUCGACUUUGUGUUACAACAUGUGCUUUUCGGAUCACCAAAUAAAUAUCUUGAUGGUAUACCUAUUUCCCUAGAGAAUCUCGGCGUAUAAUUAAAGAAGUUCGCGGUGCCAUUUGAUGUUUUUUAGGACGAUUAAAAAUGUAAUGUGUGUAAUUGUUUUUUUUUUUCCUUUUUUCUUCUUCUUCUCCUUCUUCUUCUUCUUCUUCUUCUUCUUCUCCUUUCCGCCUGUAGUCACCUAUAAAUGUAGUCUUGAGCAUGAGACAAGCAUAGUUCACUUUAAGUUUUCGUAGAUAAUGCAUUAAUGUAGGGAAUUCAUUAUCGUCAGUACAAUCCUGUGGUGAUGUUUCACGUCUCUUAAAAAAUUUUCUGGCAGUUCGCAAUUACUUCUGUUCAAUAUAUAGUUUGAUAGGGUUUUUUGUGCUCCACAAUUGUUACUUGACUGUUUUGCAUUUUCUAUUCUGGUGUGAGUUGUUACAGUAUGUCGUUCAUUUCAGACUUAUAUUUUUCUUUUAUGUUAUGAGCUUUUAUGAAUGGAAGCUGAGAUGAGCUUUGUAUCUGUGGCAUUGACUAUGUGUAAUUUUGACCAAAAAAAAUUACACGUUCUUUAAAACUUGGAUUUUUAAACUGAUCCUUAUUAAUUACAUAACUUCUCCAAUAUUCUAUUUUGCCAGAUGUUAUGCCACACCAUUGUAAAAGUGAUUGCCAUUGAAUUAUGCAAGUGUCGACACUCAUUAUAGUUUUAGUGGGGUUUAGCAUAUUACAUUCUGUUCCUAGAUUUAGGAGGUUUAGUCUAAGAUAUGCCAGCCUCAGUUAACUAGAGUGUAAGGUUAAAAUUUCUCACUGAUAUAGUUUCAAAAUACACCUCCCACUCGAAGUAACACCGUUCAAUUUGUGUAGAUUUGAAGUAAUGAAGCGAAUAAAUUACUGCAUUAUGUGAUCAUAGAAUUGAAGUACGGAUAAUUUUCAUCUACAUGAAUAUUUCAAUCUGUGGGUGCACAAUAGCAAUGACACUUGUGAAGCGCUAAACAAAAUGCAAUGAAUUAAUAAUAUGACAAAAUAACAAUCAUUUAUCCUUUCCUUAAUAGCUAUUUACUUCGCAAUUAACAUAUUAAAUUGGUUUAUAUUAUGCAGGAAUGUCUUCGACGCCCAAGUGUUCAGCCAAUAUUUAUAUUAUGUCAUCCUCCAAGUCAGCAACAACUCUGGUGAGAAAUGCUAGAAGUUUUCAGACUUAUUUUACCUCGCACCGACCAGAAUGCACAAGUGUCAAGACAUGUAAUUAGUAAUACACGGCAGACAUGCAUUUAGUAGACCACUGUGUCAGAAAUUACGUUAACAGUUUAAAUAGUCAUUCUUGGUAUUAGAAAAAAUUAAGUUUAUAUUUUUUAAUCUUAUUUUGUAACUCUGAAAUGUUAGCGCCUACUUUGUAAGGAAAUGUCACGCCCAUGGUCUGUUAUGUGAACAAUGCGGUCCGUUUGUGUGUUUUUUUACACCGUAUUUUUAUUUUACGAUGUUUAAUAUCUAAAUUCUAAAUUUAUCUUAAAGGUUUAUAUAGUUAUACUUAAAAUUUAUUUAUAUUUAGACAUAUGAUUAAUUCUGUAAAUUGACUUUUUAUGGGAUCAGUGUCUUGAUUAAAAUGGUCAACUGGCACACUUAUGUAUUUUGAAAACAAAUUACAUAUAUUGAUUAUCAUACACUCAUGAAAAAAUGUAUAUUUGAAUAACGCUCUGUUUUCCUGGAACAAUUGGGGCGUACUUGAGGUCGGGUGUAUUGAAGCUUAGAGUUCAAACUUAUUUUUACAAAUAUGUACUUUACUUCUAAAUAUUGUUUUAAUGCUUUGUUUUUCUGCUAGGAAGUAAUUGAAGAAAACUUAAUAAUUCACAAAAACUAACUUAUAUUCUCCUCGGAGGAUGAUAAUCUAAGAAUAAGAAGGUUACUUUUACAUUUAUGUAGUUAUUUUAUAUUAAAAAAGUCAAUUAAUUUUAAAAUGCUAAGUUUUGCCGGUCAGAAAAAUUAUGAAGAAUGUAAUAAGCGUAUUGUCUCAGAAUUUUUUGCAUGUAUCAAAAGAUUAAAAGCAUUGAUGGUUUUCAUUCAAGCUCUGUGGGUUACAGUGUGUAUGUUUUUGUUGUGGAAUUACUACGUAAGAAUAUUACAUAUAUCAUUUUGACUGCAUUUUUAUAUAUGUGGGAGCUUAAAUUUAAAAGGGUAAUAAUUUCAUCAAUGUUUAAUAGCCAUGCCAGAUAUCACUCAUAGUUAUAGACAUUUCAUUUUAAUAACACUCUUUAACUUACACAGAAAGGUGCAAAUUUUAUGUAGUGCUGUGUAUUUUUUUCUUCAUAAAAUCAGUGUACUUAAAAAUGCGGAAAAACAGAUUCUUGCAUGUAGACGAUUCCCAAUUGGGCUGGCUUUGUACAAAUGGAUGUAAUAUUUGUGUGUGUAUGUGUACAAGCAUGCUGAAUGUCUCUUAUUGCUGAGAGCUGGUGAUGUACAUGAACAUGUUGAUCUCAUUAUGGAUGGACUGGCAGGUAAAUGCCAUUUGCUGACAUAUUUUUUAAGUAAGUAAUUUAUAGCUUAGAGAUCACAAACAUUUUAUUUAUUUGAUGAUGCAGGGCAAUCAUCAGUGACAAUUUUGGUUUGUAGCUACACAGCUAAAAAAAAUUUAUCAGGUGAUUUUACUGUAGGAUUGUCACUGUGGCAGCACUGUGCAGCUGGUCUUGAUGAAUUAGUAUGUACUACCAUUUAUGCUUUCAGUAUUUCUCGUAUAAACUUAUUGAAAAGCAUAAAGGUUUUUUUUUCUCUGGCAGUUUUAAGCAUUGGUUUAAGUCCUAAGACUUAAUUUUGUGUGCCAUUCAUUACUUUAAACAUAUUAUGAGAAAGAAUAAAUUAAAAAUAUUUAAUCUAAAUAACACAGUUGCACACAAAGACUGUUAAUUUGUUCGUGGUCAUUGUGUUGUAUUUACUUCAAUUUCGUUUUAAUUGAGUAAGAAUGAUGUGAGGUAACAUUGGGAUUAUACAGAGGUUAAAAUUUCUUAUAUUUAUAUUUCACAAGCAUUAGCAUUGUGAUCGUGGAAAGCUUAGGUAAUUGUAAAGUUGUGCACGGUACAGCGUUACACGAAUCAUUACUGUUAUAUAGCUCCACUCAAAACACAUUAUUCUAGUCUCCUGCAGAUCGGACAUGGUUCUGCCACUCACCACUGUGGCAACGUGUCUUGGGUAUGGCGGCUGAGGUAUUACGGGUCAGUCACCGUGCUUAAUACGGUUUGGCAUUUGAUACCAUCAAAUGCUUGUGAAUCUACAGGAUUUGCGUGAUUUUUUUGGCAGUUGUAACUGCUAGGAUUUCCAGCCGACAGAAAAAUACUUUGGCAUUUGACACCAUCAAAUGUUUGUUGUGAAUCUACAGGAGGUGCGUGAUUUUUUUUUUUUUGCAGUUGGUGUAACUGCUAGUAAUUUCCAGCUGACAGAAAAAUACUUGAAUUUAAACAGGAACUAUGGACAUUGUCCUAGUAUGUAUACAUUUUUCACAUGUCUGUCCAUUGUUUAUAUUGAUAGCAGUAUUUUUUUUGGACAUAGUAUACCAGUUUUCCUUGCCAUCUAAAAUUUUAAAUUCUUUUUAUUUGCACCCCAACACAUCGUCACAUAUUUGAAUGAUAAAUAUUUAGCUAAACAUUUAGCAUUUCAAAGUCGGUGAUAAUUAUUAAGUAAUGUGUAAUUGGCAGAAUAAAUGCUUUGGGAAGGGAUGUAACAGCAUAUAGUGUUGUGAAGUGGGGGCAAACGGGGGCAAAGAAAGUGCUGUGUAAUCAAUUUUUAGAUAAUAAAACUGCUUAAAUAGCACCAUUUUCCACCUUGAAAUACAAAUUUUCCCGGGGAAGGACCCCCGGACCCCCCGCUUCAAUUGAGGGGAUCAAUGAUUCUUUAUAAUAAGGUAUAUUGCACCCCCUUUAGAAAUUUAGUUGUUGCGCCCCUGGUUGUGAACAUGAGAUUUUUUACCUGCGUGACAAACAAAAAUGAAUGAUUAAAUAUAAAAUAGUUCUUGCCAUUUAAUAUGUAACAUAUGACAGCAGGUUUGUAUGAGAUAAACAUGUUUAAUUAACUAACUUACAAAAUCGAUAAACCUGACGUUCAUUUCAGUAACUUCAUGCCCACGACGUAAUGGGAAUAUAAACUAGAUAUUUAUAAUCAAGUAGUCUUAUGCAUCUGCCAUUUAUGUCGCACUGAUGUCGUGAAUGUGUGAAACGUGAUUGGUUAUAAAAGUAAUUGUGUUCAUCGCAUCACUUCCUUUUGCUUUUGUGAUUCCAGCAUAAUUAAGUAAAUGUAAGUUCAGUAUGUAUAUUUUACAUGCUUGGUGGCGGUUUUUUUCCAAAGCCUGCAUGCUGCAAGCCCUUAUCAUGACCAGUUGUUGCACAUGUGUACAAUUCCUGCAACAUUCUAUAGUAAUUUCGAAUUUGUUGUUUAUUCAACAUUUUAUUUAUCCUAUAUAUUACUAGUUUAUGAUGUUAAACAUUCCGAACUUGCCCUGAUGGCUGUUCUGUAGCGAGUUGCCAUAAAAUGUAGACUUAACUUAGAUGAAGUGGCAAGGUGUGUAUGCCUGUACCCGUUUCAUUCAGGAAUGAAAUAUGUGAACAAGCCUAUUUUGAGUUUGAUCAUUCUCUCUUGAAAAACUUUUUUAUUUCUCUGGAGGCCAUUUUCCAGAUGCUUACUGGUUUCAAGAAAAAAAAUCAAUUGUGCUCAAUUGCAUAUUUAACUGCUUUAAUUUAUUUCCUGAAAAUAAUGAUGUAUGUUUCUGGUUGCAUAGAAAUUCAGACACAACCCUUAUUUCAGAAAGAUUGUUUCUAGAGAGGAGCUGAACUUUUAUUGGUUUCACCUUGCUUGUGGCAAGCCUAUGAAAUUUCAUUUGUUGUAAUAAUGAAAAAAUAUAUAUAUAUAUAUUUAUGAAUUUAAUCUUAAUUUGUUAUUGUUACGUGUUUAUUAUGUGAUACAGAUGUUUGUGAAAGUGCAGUGAUAGAUUUUCAGAGUAAAUCUUUUGUGACUGAUGACUUGUGUGUUGGAAGACUUGGAUUUAGUGUUGAACUUCUGCAGAACAACUGCCAGUAUUAAAGGUUCAUUUUGAUCCCAGUAUGGUCUUUACCUUGUCGUAUACUUGUAAAUAAUCACCGGCCAGUUUAUUUCUAAUUUGAUUUGCUGAUACUUUUCACUAUGCUAAUUUCUAUUAUCCUGAUGUUUUUGUACAUAUUUUUAGAACUUGCAUAAUAAAAUGCUUUAUGA